AUGAUGCUACUAGUACUCCUCUUUGUUCCCGCUGCGCUUGCUGCUGAAAAAGCUACGGACCAUUCAGUUAUUGCGGAGAAAGCAGAGAAUACCAUUGACCGGGAAAUCUUUUUAUUAUUGAAAAACAUCCAAAAAGAGGUCGGCGAUUGCCUGUUUCGCACUAAAAUGAGUGGCUAUAACGCUCGCUUAAACGUGGGUAUCAUGAUGGCGCUCUCUAACAAGACCGAACAGCAGAGAUUCUGCUGUGAGUGCACAACCGCAAUUCACAUACCUGUAUUCAAAGACAGAUACUAUCGACGUGUUCUCCUUGGCCACAACCAGCCCAAUACAUAUAAAAUCGCACAAAGACUUCUGAAAGACUACACGUUCGCGCAGAACCGCGACAUAGUGGAAGUCGGAUGCGCUCAAGAACGAUUUGGUCUUCAUAGUGUUUUUGGACUUGACAAGAAGGUCUAUUGUGUAUUCAGGCCAUACCGGCCGGGUAAUGACCGGGGCCCCAUUCGUGAAGGAUUAGGGAGAAGAAUGCUUGGUACACUCAGACAUAUCUAG